AUGGCAGACACUCAACCCCAGAGCAUCACCGGUCUUCUGUUUGCGCCGCAAGUCUUCCCCUUCUUCCUGCUUGCAGUCAUAUUCGCAGCGAUCAAGAUCAUCGACCGCACCGAUGUUCCCAAAAUCAAAGGCCUUCCAGAGGUUCCCGGAGUCCCCAUCUUCGGAAAUCUGAGACAACUCGGCGACAAUCAUGCCGUCAAAGCACGAGAAAUGGCGAAGAAGUAUGGACCUGUCUUCCAGGUACGAAUGGGAAACCGCAGGAUUGUCUUUGCAAACACAUUUGACAGUGUGAGGAAUCUCUGGAUCACGAACCAGUCCGCGUUGAUCAGUAGACCGAAGCUACACACUUUCCACACCGUGGUAAGCUCUAGCGAAGGCUUCACUAUCGGAACGAGUCCAUGGGAUGAGAGUUGCAAGGCUAGACGAAAGGCUGCUGCUACUGCUCUCAACCGACCUGCUGUGCAGACUUACAUGCCCAUUAUCGACUACGAAUCCCUCAAGACGAUUCGAGAAUUGCUCCAGGACAGCCAGAAUGGCAAGCUGGAUGUUGAUCCAAAUGCRUACUUUCAACGAUAUGCCCUUUCCACCUCACUUACUCUCAACUACGGCAUCAAGUUUGAGGGCAACAUUGGCGAUAACAUGCUACGAGAGAUUGUCCAUGUUGAGCGCGAGAUCUCCAACUUCCGCAGUACUGCUUCGAAUUGGGCUGACUACAUCCCCAUGCUACGUCUUCUCCCAGGUGGAAGCGACAAGCCUUUAGAAUACAAGACUCGCCGCUCAGCAUACAUGAACUAUCUCCUCCAGACCCUCAAAAAGCGCAUCGCAGAGGGAACCGACAAACCCUGCAUCAGCGGCAAUGUCCUCAAAGACCCAGAAGCCAAGCUCAACGACGCAGAAGUAAUGUCAAUCGGUAUGACCAUGGUAUCCGCAGGCCUGGAUACCGUCCCAGGAAAUCUCAUCAUGUGCAUCGCCUACCUCUCCUCUCCUCACGGCCAAGAAAUCCAAGCCCGAGCCCUCAAAGAGAUCAACGAACAGUACCCAGACAACGACAGCUGGGAGCGAUGUUUACAUGAGGAGAAAUGCGAGUACAUUACAGCUUUGGUAAAAGAGACUCUACGAUACUGGUCCGUGAUUCCAAUCUGUCUCCCUCGAACCUCCACCRAGGAUAUCAAAUGGGGAGACGCAACAAUCCCCGCUGGCACAUCUUUCUACAUGAACGCUUACGGAGCAAACUACGAUGAAUCGCACUUUUCCUCCCCAUUUGACUUCAACCCGGAUCGAUACCUCGCAGACAAAACAAUCGACGAUGCAGCGGCAACGCGAGGAACGCCUCACUACGGCUACGGAGCCGGUAGUAGAAUGUGCAUUGGCUCACAUCUCGCAAAUCGAGAAUUAUACACCGCAUUCCUACGCAUGAUCACUGCGUUCGAAAUCCUGCCACCAGCGAACAAGAACGAGGCACCGAUUUUGGAUUGCAUGGGUUGCAAUAAGUUGCCCAAUGGAUUGACAAUGGAUCCCAAACCCUUCAAGAUCGGUCUCAAAGUUCGCGAUCCCAAGACUUUGGAGAAAUGGAUCAAAGAGGCGGAGGAAAGAUCCAAGGAUUUGUAG